AUGAUGCUAGGCACAACUGUCUGUCUCACUGGCCUGAUUGUGGCCGCUGGGGCACAGGAGGCUUUCCUCACAACCACCGGCAACUCAGCGCGUCCUCAGUGCACCAAAGCAGCUGCAUCGCCAAGCUAUUAUUUCCAGCCAUUUUCAUACACCCUCAAUGCGACAGUUCGCCCUACUCCGGUCCCAAGCAGCGAGUUGGUGUUGCCUCCGAGCGAUUAUUUUGUCCCGGAGGACUGCUAUGAUUUCCCAGACGGCUUUGUGUUUGGCGUUGCCGGAAGUGCUGCUCAGAUCGAAGGAGCUGUCGCCCUUGAGGGUCGCUCUCCAUCUUUACUGGAAAAAUUGGUCCCUGACAGCGAACCCAAGGACUACAUCACCAACGAAAAUUACUUCCUGUACAAGCAGGACAUUGAGCGCAUGGCGGCCAUGGGAGUCGAGUACUACAGCUUCACGAUCCCAUGGACCCGUAUUUUGCCAUUUGUCUUGCCCGGAACACCAGUCAACAAGCAGGCAAUUGACCACUACGAUGAUUUGAUUGACACCGUUCUCAAGGCUGGCAUGCAGCCGAUUGUCACCAUGCUACACUUUGACAGUCCUCUGAUGUUCAUCGCGAGUGAUAACAUGACGAGACACCCAGAUAUCGGGUACAACAAUGCCGGCUAUCAGAAUUCGACUUUCGUAGACGCCUUCGUGAACUACGGAAAGAUUCUCCUAGCUCACUAUGCCGAAAAGGUGCCGAUUUGGAUAACCUUCAACGAACCUUUGCUCUACGCCUUCAAUUUCCAAGGUGUUGAUAAUGUUGUUCAUGCUCAUGCUGAAAUGUACCACUUCUAUCACGAUAUUCUAAAAGGAACUGGCCGAAUGGGUAUUAAGUUCAAUGAUAACUUUGGCGUGCCAAAAAACCCCCACAACGCCUCACACGUGGAAGCGGCCAACAGAUUCCAAGAAAUGCAGCUAGGAUUCUUCGCUAAUCCUAUCUUCCUCGGAAAACAAUACCCAGAGUCUGUUUUGAAGACCAUGCCAGGUGCCAGGCCGCUGAAUCAUACGGAGCUGGAGUAUAUCAAUGGAACCUCAGAUUUCUUUGGUAUUGAUCCAUAUACUGCAACAGUCGUUUCACCGGCCGACGAGGGUAUUGAAGCUUGUGCCGGAAACCACUCGGCCUCCAACUCUCUGUUCCCCUUCUGCGUCAACCAGGAGACCAAGAACACAUUUGGCUGGAACAUAGGCUAUAGGUCAGUCAGUUAUGUCUACAUAACGCCUACCUACUUCCGGGAAUAUCUAUUCUACCUGUGGAAUACCUUCAAGACCCCCGUGUUUGUGAGCGAGUUUGGAUUCCCGGUUUAUGGAGAAGCGGACAAAGAGCUAUCAGAUCAGCUCUUUGACUCACCUCGAAGUGUUUACUACGCCUCUUUUAUGCAGGAAAUCCUGAAAUCUAUCUAUGAAGACGGAGUACACGUUAUGGGAGCAUUGGCCUGGAGCUUUAUGGACAAUUGGGAGUUUGGCGAUUACUCCGCUCAGUUCGGAAUUCAGAAGGUGAAUCGAACUACCCAGCAAAGGUAUUACAAGAAGAGUUUCUUCGAUCUUGUGGACUUUGUCAAGACCCGCCAGCGCUCUCAUUAG